AUGAUCCAGAAGCUUAUUGAGAAGAAGGUAUUGUUGUAGUCAGCUUACAUAAGAGUUAAAAUGAAAGAUAUGCAAGCCGUUAAAAAAAAAGGGGCAUCAUUUGGUUCGAAAAUUGGAGUUAAGAACAUGGACACUGGAGGUGAUGCAGACAACAUUGGCAGUGGAGGUGACGCCGAAAGCAAUGGUGGUGGUGGUGGUGGUUGGGGACUGGCAGGCAUGUUGAAGAGUCUGGGUGACCUUAUUUUUCGAAGUGGAAAGGCUAACUGGGACUGAGGUGGUUACUCUACCUCGUGGUCAUGUUUUGCAUUUGCAUCUUUCUUCAGUCGACUGUAUUAAGAAGCCAAUUGCUUAUUACCGCCAACUACAAUGCAAUAUUAAAAGUAAUAAUCACAAAACAUUGUCAAGUUGGGCAUUAAGUUUCAAUUCAUCAUUUUGGGUCCAUUCAAAUACUUGUUGAGUUGGGCAUAUCCUUUACAAAUCACUGUCUUUUGUGCUCAAAACAAAGAUUAUUCUUUAAGAAAAGCAUUGUGUAGUU